CGGUGCGACUGUUUACAUUUUUUUUCCUUCUGUCCGUUUUUCAUCCACAGACAGCUGACAGCGAGGAUAACAGGACACUGAGGCAGUGAAUGAGCAUCACGGGGAGGUGUUAGAGACACAGAAAUCCGCCUGUCAGGGUUACCGACGGUGCUGUUUCUCUUUCUGUCUCCCUCUGUCUCUCUGUUAAUUUGACUUUGCUCUGUCCUUAUCUCGCAUCUUGUUGUCGCAGUUAUGAGCGGAAGAGUUGGAGAUCUCAGUCCUAAACAGGCUGAAGCACUUGAGCAAUUUCGAGAGAGGAUACAAGACAUUCUUCCUCAACUUCCUGCACAGCAUGACCACUUCCUGUUACGAUGGCUCAGAGCCAGAAACUUCAAUGUCCAGAAGUCUGAGGCCAUGCUGCGAAAGCAUCUGGAAUUCCGGAAACAAAUAAAAGUAGACACGAUAAUCGCUGACUGGCGUCCACCAGAGGUAAUAGAGAAGUAUCUGUCAGGAGGGAUGUGUGGUUAUGACCGUGAGGGCAGCCCCAUCUGGUAUGAUGUCAUUGGACCCGUGGAUCCUAAAGGCCUCUUCCUGUCUGCCUCCAAGCAAGAUUUCAUCAAGUCCAAGAUCAGAGACUGUGAGAUUCUGCAGAGGGAAUGUAACCUGCAGUCACAAAGGCUUGGGAGGAACGUGGAGUCAAUCACCAUGAUCUAUGAUGUUGAAGGUCUGGGUCUGAAACACUUAUGGAAGCCUGCUAUAGAAACAUAUGGGGAGAUCCUCCAGAUGUUUGAAGACAACUACCCCGAGGGCUUGAAAAGGCUGUUUGUCAUUAAAGCACCCAAACUCUUUCCUGUGGCCUACAACCUUGUCAAACACUUUCUGAGUGAGAACACAAGACAAAAGAUCUAUGUCCUCGGAGCUAACUGGCAGGAGGUUUUACUGAAGCACAUUGAUGCAGAGGAGUUGCCGGCGAUAUAUGGGGGGAAACUGACGGAUCCCGACGGAGAUCCUCGCUGUCGGACCAGGAUAAAUCAUGUCGGCCCAGUUCCCACCUCCUACUACGUGCGGGACCAUGUUAAGGUGGACUAUGAGCAGUGUAUGAUCGUCAAACGAGGUUCCUCUCAGCAGCUGGACUAUGAGAUCCUGUUCCCAGGCUGUGUUCUCAGAUGGCAGUUUGCCACUGAGAGUGCAGACAUUGGCUUUGGAGUUUUUCUGAAAGACAGAAAGGGUGAAUGGAAGAAGGCAGCUCAGAUGGAGGAAGUUGUGCCCAGCCAGCGCUACAAUGCCCACUUAGUGCCCGAGGAUGGAUCAGUGACCUGUGAACGCCCCGGAGUCUAUGUUCUGAGAUUCGACAACACUUACAGCAUCUUCCAGGCUAAAAGAGUUAGCUUUACCGUUGAGGUCCUGCUCCCUGACCACUUGCAGUCCCCGCAGACCAACGGGGCAUCCAAAAGCCAUGUGCAAGCUGAGGACAGCAGACCAUCAUAAAGAAAACGAUGACACAAUGUACCACUUCCUUUUUGUCAGAUCUGUAAUGUUUAGCCGCCACUCAUAAGCACAGCCUGAGAGACUUGAACAGGAACCACAACCUGCUGCCCUAAGGCAAAAAUGGAAGAUAUUUAACACAUGAAGGUUUAACCCUAAUCUUUUCUUUAAUAAUGACCUUUAAUCACACAUUUGUCCUUUUAGAAACAUUUACUUAGGUACACGCAUAAUAUGCACAAAAGUAUGAGGACAUUGUGCACCUUUGGUCUAUUUUUUCAUGGUAUAGGCUCAGUCUCAAAAUCGUCGAAAUUACUUUUGCAAUAGAAAUUGCUACAGCAUACAGCAGUAUUUUAGACAUUGUGCUUCUAACUUUGUGCACAAGGGUAUUGUCAUAUUGAAAAAGACAGACUAUUUCCACAAAGCCAGGUCAAUGAAGAAUUUGUUUUCCUAGUUUGAUGUGGAAGAACUUGAAGUAAUAUCUACAGCCAGGUGCAACAUCU